GUGUGUUUGAUGGUGUGUUGUGUUGCAGCGUUGCAGCAUUAGUUCUUUUCGGGUUGUUUGAUUCCCUCCAAAUUUUGGUCGAGCUUUGUCAGUCACUUAAGCAAGGCACGAAACUACCCGAGGCCCUUUAUUUUACUGUCGAUGUGUGGAGAUUGUUGUGUGUUUUCUGUGUUAAAAUCCUUAAGCAGGUUGGCCUGUUGUGCGCGGUAACAAGUGUAACGUCGUGUCGUGAGUGAUAUAGUGGAAGGAAAGUCCGGAUUUGUCGUCCAGGAUUUCGUUCGACCGAGUAAAGGUGCUUCACCAUUUCCCAGGCCCAAGCUGGUUAAACGUCGGCAGUACAUUACGCCGAUAAGAUACGCGAACCGCUCAGCCAUAGGACACAUAGGCAGCUGGCUGCUCCACGAUGGUUUCAACGCGCUUCGAAGUUAAUAGCACACCGCCCGUUCGGUACCCUCGGUCGAUAUUCUUCAUCAUCAGCAAUGAGUUCAGCGAACGGUUCAACUACUAUGGCAUGCGAACGGUGUUGGCGCUCUAUCUCACGCAAAAGCUGGCCUACAGCAAUGAUACCGCCACCGUGAUCUACCACAUCUUCACCAGCCUGGCGUACUUCUUCCCGCUGAUGGGUGCCAUCCUGGCCGACAGUUGGCUGGGCAAGUUUAAAACCAUCCUGUACCUGUCCAUUGUGUACUGUGCGGGAAGCACACUGAUCGCACUCGGCGCCAUUCCACCCUUGAAUCUACCUGCCACCUCGAUGACCGUGCUGGGACUGCUCUUUAUAGCGGUCGGUUCCGGCGGCAUCAAACCGUGCGUGUCGGCGUUCGGCGGUGAUCAGUUCAAGCUGCCGGAGCAAGCCGCCCAGCUGGCCAAGUUCUUCUCGCUGUUUUACUUCUCCAUCAAUGCCGGAUCGCUGAUCUCCACCACGCUGACGCCGAUUCUGCGCGAGGAUGUGCACUGCUUCGGGGACAACAGUUGCUUCUCGCUGGCGUUUGGUGUGCCGGCAGUGCUGAUGAUACUCGCGAUCGUCAUCUUUGUGUGUGGCCGGACUAUGUACACGAUCAAGAAACCGUCCGGCAACAUGAUCGUGCUGGUGUUCAAGUGUAUCGGCAAUGCGCUGGCAGUGCGAUCGAAGGAGAGCAGCACGAGCCCACGGGCUCACUGGCUCGACUAUGCCGAGUCCAAGUACGGCAAGGGCAUUGUGGCGGACAUUAAGGCGCUGCUGAAGAUACUGAUCCUGUACAUUCCGCUGCCCGUGUUUUGGGCACUGUUCGAUCAGCAGGGCUCACGGUGGACGUUCCAGGCGACGCGCAUGGACGGUGAGCUGGCCGGAUAUACGAUCAAGCCCGACCAGAUGCAGGUGAUCAAUCCGCUGCUCAUUCUGGCUUUUAUUCCCGUCUUUGAGAGUGUAAUCUAUCCAGCCCUGUCGAAGAUUGGCAUACGACGACCACUGCAGAAGCUCUCUCUGGGCGGUUUACUGGCCGGUGCUGCCUUUGUGCUGUCCGGCUUUGUGGAGAUCGCUCUGGACAGUACGGAGGCGAUGCUGCCCGCCGCACACGAGGCACAGCUGCGCGUGUUCAAUGGGCUACCGUGCGACUAUCGCUUCCACACCGACAUACCAAAUCUGGCCGGGUUCAGUGUGCCGUCGCGCGGUGCCUACGAAGCGCUCCACGUCGAGCUGCCCCCGGGGCUGGCCAACGGUACGUUCCAGUUCCGGGCGGAGACGAGCGAAAUUGGGUGCGUGCGGGAAAACAUGACCGAAUUCAGCGGGAGCUUCAGCCUGCAGGCGGGCGGUGCGGUGAGCUACUUUAUCAGCCGGAAGGGAGGCCGGAGCAGUCUGCUGGAGUACGCCGACACGGCUGCCAAGGACCGGAACGGGCUGCCCCGGAUGCGGCUGCUAGCGAACGUGCGCACGACCAAGCAGAUCUCGCUGCGGCACAACGGGAACGCGGACGUCGUGUACAACGUGGCGCUCAACCAGUACGAUCAGCUGACGUCGGUGACGGAGGGCGAGUACGGGGUGUACGUCGGGGAGCGUCCGAUUGCCACCGUGAAGCUUAGCCCGGGCGGUGUCUACACGCUGAUAUUGGACGAGUUUUUGGAGAAUGAGUUUAACCUUCAAACACACACGAUCACCCCGUCCAACUCGGUGCACAUGCUGUGGCUUAUACCGCAGUACGUCGUCAUAACGGCCGGCGAGGUCAUGUUCUCCAUCACCGGGCUCGAGUUUUCCUACUCCCAGGCGCCGGAAAGCAUGAAGUCCGUCAUCCAGGCGUUCUGGCUGCUGACGGUCGCGAUCGGCAACAUGCUGGUGGUGUUCAUUGCCGAGGCCAAGUUCGUCCAGUCGCAGUCGCUCGAGUUUUUCCUCUUUGCCGCGCUCAUGUUCCUCGACAUGGGCCUGUUCAUGGUGCUGGCCAUGCGCUAUCGCUACUCCGUCACGACCGGCGGCGCAUCGUCUGUCGAAUCGAUUGAGGUGGAGCAGCAGGGCAAAAAGAAGCAGCACGAUGCACUGGCCAUCAGUGACACGCUGUCGGAAAGGAGUGCCAAGAGUACAACGUACGCAAACGAAGCAUACCGGGAAGACUGAGCGAGAACGAAGAGGAGGAAGAACGAGGCGCAGUUUUUGAGAGCCAUGUGUUGUAACAUUGCAUUGCCGUUUCUCUAGUGCAUCCACGCCGGGGAUUGUCUCCACAGGACAAUUUCAGGUUCCAAGCGAGGUGAAUGCACACUGAGACUGCUACUAACAACAGCGCGUCAGAGGUAUUAUGUUUGUUUCGUCGUUUAAUGGCGUCAUCCUGCUGUAAGUUAGGUUUAUAGUUCUUUUUUUUUGUAAAAAAUAGGUACUGUCUAAACUUGCUGUAAUUAUUUUUGUUUCAAAAGAUGAAUAAAAAAUAACAGAAAGAUCUUUGUCCCAAGUUG